AUCAUUAUUACAUGGUAGUGGUGGCCAUCUAUGGAUUGGUGAUUUUGGACUCGCUGACCUUUCAGGUUUACAUUGCUCACAGAAUAUUUCACCAUCCAAUAUAGAUAGCAAAGCUACUAAAUGUUGGUUCAAAUUGUAUAUUAUUGUAUUUAAGUUUUUACCAGAAUCUGCACGCUACUUGGUGGCUGCUGGAAGGAAAGAAGAAGCUAUGCAAAUUUUAAAGUCGGCUGCCAAAAUGAAUAGAAACACUUUACCAGAAGGUGUUGUUGUCAACACUCAGAGUAUUUCAGAGAGGGGUAACCCAAAAGAUUUGUUCUCACCUACAUAUCUCCGUACAACAUUGAUGGUCUGGAUGUUGUGGUUUGGCACAGCAUUGUCAUACUAUGGAAUGGUUUUAGCAAGUGCUGAAAUACUGCAGCUUAGAAAUGCAGAGAAGUCAGGUGAGAAGUGCAAGUGUAAUUUACUGAAGAAGGGUGAUUAUAAUAGUAUGAUUGUGUCUACAUUGGGAGAAUUCAUAGCUCUUCCACUGAACAUAUUUCUGAUAGACCUUGUUGGCCGUCGAUGGACUGGUGCUGUGAAUUUAUUUGGUUGUGGUCUAUUUUUCAUACUUCUUCAAUUACCAGUGUCUCAGACUGUAUUAACUGUAUUAAUAUUCAUGGUUCGUGGAUUCUCUGCAGGAAUGUUCAACUUUGUUUACAUCUAUACUUCAGAGGUAUAUCCUACUACUAUAAGAACAUUAGGUAUAGGUACAGCAUCAUCAUGGGCUCGUGUUGGUGCUAUGAUCACUCCAUUUCUUGCUCAGCAAAGCAUUUCAAUAGAGGAUGACUGA